AUCUCUCUUGCCACAAUCCUUCCUAAAAAUAAACGGCGAGUUACUGCUGUAGGUUAAAAACAGAGAUAAGAAAUGGGACAUUUAAAAUUAAAUUAAUGUUCCAAUGAUGUGGGGAAGAAGAAAAAAAACACUGACCCAUACAGGCUUUCAAAAACCAGCCUGUCACUUUGAAGCAAAGGGUUGAGCUUUCAGAAGUAGACAGUCUGCAUCUAUGGAAGAGGGUCAGACGUAUAUUAAACAUCUGUCAAAAUAUGGUGCAGCAUCUUGUGAGCCUUUCUAGACCCAUAGCCAGGAGGGGGGCUGGUACAUUGAAGAGGCCCCCUCUUCUGUCUCUGCCUUGUCUGCCCAGAAAUGGGGCGGAUUAUGGAACAAAGCCUUUCAUGUUGAUCACACAUUGGGCAGGCUGGUUCAUUGAGGAGGCGGAGGUUUUUUCAAAUACACUGCUCUGUUUGCAAACGGAUUCAGGAAGUCCAGCAUUUUGUCUCUCGGUUCUAGCUCAAGGCGUUCCAUCAUCCUGUCCAUGAAGAGCUCUGGAAAAUCAGCCUCGGAAAUUUUGUUAUUCUGUGCUUUCUUGCCAAAUGUUUUCAUCCGCCAUUAAAUCCUGCGCCUGUGAAAAAAGCAGGUGACCAGAUAUGCAUGUUUGUUUGGUGUUGUCUCACUUACGUAAAUCAGGAUCAAAUAACAACUUGAAGAUGAGGAAAGUGACUUCUGUGUCGAGGGUUGGAAUCCCCUGGAUGGCAACGUACACAAAACGACUUAAACAAGGUUUCCAUGAAGCAAGCAGAAAACCUGGCCACUUCCAACAUCAGGUUGCAAACAGUUUUGUAAAUUUCGGAAUACCUAGAUCAUGAAUGAAAUCAGGCCCCUUCUCAGGAGGAGGGGGGUGGACUGGCUGUCUUUUUUGUUUGUUUGUUUCUAGUCUAUAGAGAGGAACGUGUUUUAGAUGCCUAGCUGUGCAGUCCGUAGAGAAAAUGAGUUCCCAUCUGGUGACUCAAAAUGGCAAGCUUACUUUUAAAAAAAAAACCAUAAAAACUUACCCAAUCUGGGCCUGAAACAUCGAAUGGGGGAGUGCAAUGCCUAGUCUUUGCCAGCCCUAAAUGUGUAUCUUUGUACUCUGCUUUUGGUAUCUCUUUUGUUGCCUUCCCCCCACACACACACCGCUGUCAAUGACGAGGCCCUCCGGACCACGUGAAAGCAACUAGCGGAGGUGUAAACCACAUCCCUGCCUUUGUCUUCCAGAGCUGCAGUCUUCCACCUCGGCUUGCUUGUGUUCUUUAUUCACCUUUCACCGUUCCUUCCAAAGCAUGCUGCAGAGAGAACCUCCUGCUGCUGCUGCUGCUUCUUGACCCUCCGUCUGCUUCUUGCAUGCCUGCGCACCCAUCAUCACAAGAUUACAUUAUCCAGAAGAAAACAGGAAUGGAGGAGGCUGACUUGCCGUUUUGUUGAAACAACACUCUGAGAAGUUACCCAUUUUUCUCUUCGAGGUCUGCCCGUGCUGUAAAUUAGGAGGCACAGGGGGCAGUUCAUUCUCUUUUUUUUUCUCUUCAUCGGAUUUUCUGCAUCAAGAAAAAGGCCAAAGCCGUGAAUAUAGGACAGGGCUACAGGCGGAAGACUUAUUUGCUCUGUACUUCCUGUAAAGGAUGCAGAGCUGUGAGGAUUACAAAAGGCUGGUGUGGAAAGCCUUGAGCACCACCUAACUGUAACUUCCCUCAUAAAAGAGAUGCUCGGCUUGGCUUGCCAGGACGCAUCCUUCACACUCCUUGGAGCGUCGCGAACGUUUUCUUGCCCUCCCCGUUCUACAGGAGGACCCAGCGGGGAGGGCAAAAACGAUCCAAGCCAUUCAGAAGGAUGCUGUUGAUGGAGGGGGUGUUCCCUUGUGUGGGGCAAAAUAAGAUCUAAACAAAAGAGGUCUCUUUCUGUUUGCCUUUUGGUUAUGGCUCCCCAGCAAGCCAAGCCAUCUGUCUAAUGGGUUCUCCUCCUCCAGGAAGCCAUUUAGAAGUUUUUUUUAAAAAAGGAAACCGGGGAAGCGUACUCGUUGGACGUUCCCUGUGCGCCAAGACAUGGAUGAAAUCACCAGUGGCGCCAGCAGGAGCCUUGAGGAGAAGGAGCCUAGGACGCAGCCCACCGUCGCCAAUGGAAAAAGUGAGACCCCCCUCCCACUUUUGGAUAGGCUUUCUCUCACACGGCGCAUUUGGGAGCUUCUGGACAGCCAGCCGGCUCAAGCAGAAGAGCUGCUGUCUGCCCAAGGACCCGGGGCAUUCAUCGUCACCAGAAAUAGACCUGCAGGUGCCAAGACGCUCAUCCUCCAGAUACAGGAGGCCAUUUGCCAUUUCCCCAUUAAGGAGGAAAGUUCCGCUGUUUAUCUGGAGGGUUCCCUGCUGCGCUUUAGAGAUCUAUUGGAACUGGUCAGCUUUUACCUUGUGAGCCGGGAUAUCCUGCCCUGCCCGUUGAGAAUCCCAGAUGGGCUUCGACUUCCCAGCAAGCCCGAACUAGAUGCCGUUGCUGCACUGGACAUGAAAUUCUGGACGAUGCCCCUUAAAUCUGGCAGUGGGCCGUCGUCCGCCAAAGCCGAUGACAGACCGCCGGGGCCGCACAGAGAUCCUCCGGAAUCCAGCCAGCCAGCCUGCUCCAUCCAAGUGACGUCCGAGGAAGGGGCAUUGUGCAUCAUCAACCCGCUGUUUCUCUCAGUGCACAGUGACAGUAGUUGGUUGGACCUGGCAACAAACCAGGGCCGACUGAGCAGGAGGAGGAGGAGGAGAACCCAGCAGGGUUCAAAUGGCUGGAUAGAAGCUGCCUCCAAGGAGCAAGGGUCAUCUUUGGAAGGUUUAGACCAUCCGGGGCCUCUGGAGGAGGAGGAGGAAAAAUAUGACCCUCCAAGUUCCUCAUCCUCUACGUGGCCAAAACGCCUGGAUUGCCCUCUGUCCAUGCGCAGUUCUGAAGCGGUCUCUGAGGAUUCACUGCUCACCUCCGAAUGUCCCCAGAAAGAGAUCCGAACUCCGCACCGCGUGUCCUGGAUUGAAGGCAUUCCUGCUGGAACCCCUCCUGCCGGCCUGCUGGAAAAAUCCUAUUCUGAAUUGUCCCUGCUGAGCGAAACCCUGUUGCCGCCGCCCCUCCUCGAACUCGAUUCGCUCUCUCUCAGCAGCGCCGAGGACGACGGCGACAGUCCCCUCCUCACCCCGGCCACGCCACAGGCCAGGCAGCGACGGUCGUCCGCCCUGUUGACCUACAAGGUGCUCCACCGCCUCUCGGCCGUCAGCAGCACCCUCGGCAGCUUCCUCUCAGCGGAGCGCAGGAUCUCCAGGCGGGUGCAAGAGCUGGCUCAGGAUCCAACCUCUUAUGUGGGAGGGCUUGUGCAAAGCUUUGUGGGGCACAUCCUGCGGGGGGCUGGGGCACGGCACCCCACCAGCACGGACAUGCUACAAGAGAUCCGGCAGAUGAUCAGCAAUCUGAAGGGUUACUUGUGCGAAAGUUCGGAACUGCACGCCAUCUGCGAACAUAGCGAAGGGGAGGAGAUGGACCUGGGUUCCGUGGUGGAAGGCGCCCUGUAUAAAUGCCUCCUGAAGCCCCUCCGGGAUGCGAUCUACGCCCAGCUGCUGGACUUCCACUCCCGUGACGGGACGCUGAGCAGGUUGCGUGAACACCAGCGCACCAUGACACAGCAGAGCCUGGCCCAGCUGGGCGUGGCGGCCAGCGUGCCCGACAGCACCGGCUUGGAGCGGAUCCAGACCAAGCUGAGCCUCAUGCACCAGGCUUACUCACCCAAAAAGAAGGAGACCCAGAUGCUUAAAGUCUGCAAGAUGCUCUACGAAUCCAUGAACCAAACUGCUGGCAGGACAGAGGCCUUUGGAGCUGAUGACUUCCUGCCGGUUCUGAUCUACACGCUGGUGAACUCGGACAUUGCUUCCGUGCAGUUGGACGUAGAGUACAUGAUGGAGUUGAUGGACCCUAGUCAGCUGCAAGGAGAAGGUGGCUAUUACCUCACAACCUGGUUCGGGGCCCUCUAUCACAUUGCAAACUUCCAGCCGGCUGCUAUGGUGACUCGGCAGAUCAGUAUCGAGGCCCAGCACUCCAUCCAUCAGUGGCACCGCCGUCGCACCAUCCACCACCACCACCACCACCAGGCUAAGCGGACUCCUUCGCAGAACACCCUCUAUAUCUCCCUUCACGAACCCUUCAGCAACCAAAAGACUGUCGCGGUCUCCGAGGAUACUACGGCGACGUCGGUGUGUGCAGCAUGUGCCGAGAAGUACGGUGUCUCCGACCGUGAGGCCUACGGCUUGUUCUUGGUCUCGGGUGAAUCGUCCCAGCUCUUAGCAGAGGGCAGCUACCCUCAGAGGCUCCACCUGGAGAGCCUCCAGUCCAAAGGAGCCCCUGUGAAUUUUGUUUUCAAGCUCAAAGACGGAGCCCUGCCCACCGACACUCCCCUUUCUCGUCAGAACCCAAACGGCUUGACGGGGUCCCAAGAACCCCUUGAAGAAGCGGGCAGAGGGCAGUCGGAGGUGGAUGGGAUCUGAGUUUUGAGACUUUCCAAAAACUUUCCUUUUUAACACAGAAGAAUGGCCAAGGGUUCUGGGCUUCUGGCUUGGCCCAAUUUUUAGGAAAAGCUCAGACCCUCAGGAAUAAAAUUCCAUUUGGAAAGAGAUUGGCCUGAAAUACUGGUACUGAAAUGAUCUGGAUGAUGCUCAUCCGCUCCCCCCCCCCGAUAGAAGGGUGUAGGACCAGAGUCAACCGGCCAUGUUUCCAUGGCAUGCUCAUUUUCUCUCUCACACACAUCACCACCCAUGGCCCCUUGAAGUGAAAGCAGGGCUCCUUCUUAUGUUUAAACAAGGCAAGGAACCAUCACUCAGUGGUAAGAGCACGUGCUGUCGAGGCUGUUGUCCUCAUCCUUAAACCCCAACAGGACUGCCUCUCUGUUCCCAUCUGAGCCUUUCUCU